AUGCAUUCGACCGUGCUCGAAGCACCUCAUCCCCCACAAAGUUCCAAGAAAUCCAAGUCGAAAGCAGCUCCAACCACAGAGGCGCUGCUAGCAAAAGCACAAGAACUGGUCGUGCAAUGCGAGUACGAACUGGGACGGCAGUUUGUCGACCGGGUCUUGGAAAGGGACUCGGAAAACGUCGAGGCGAGAGAAUUGAAAGGAGUUGUGGAGAUGGAAGCUGGCAACCCGGAACGAGCAAAGGGAAUUUUCCUCUCUCUUGUGCCCCCUUCCCCGUCCGCACCCUCCCCAGCUCCACCAUCAGUGCAUUUGUAUCUUGCCCAACUCUUGGCAGACGACGAUCCACGUGCAGCACUUGGACAGUAUCGAACAGCGGUGGACUUGCUCGUGACAAGGCUGGGUGGGAAGGGGAAGGGGAAGACGGAAAAGAGCCUGGAAGGGCUGGAGGAAGAAGAGGAGGAGAUCCGGAGAAUGGUUGUAAGGGUGUGUUGUAGCAUGGUUGAUAUUUGGAUGACGGAUCUAUGUUUCGAACCAGAGGCGGAGUCGUCCUGCGAAGAGAUUCUCCGUCAUGCGCUGGACACUGACCCAGAAAAUACCGAGGCGCUACUCUCACUCGCAAGUGUGCGGAUGAGCCAACAACGGCCGGAUGAAGCUGAGCAGUGUGUCCACAAGGUAUGGUCUACAUGGGAGGGCAUUGCGGCCGAUUCACCCUCCCACCCCGCUCCCCCGACGCUCCUUUCCUUCGCCCGCCUAUGUCUCGAGCUCAACCUAUUCGCCCUCGCUCUUGCCUCCCUCUCGCGGACACUCGAGAUGGACGACCAGGAAGUCGAAGCGUGGUACCUUGAGGGCUGGGCGUUUUGGCUCAUGUACCAAGAUGAAGGCUCUGCUGUAAACCUGACCCAAUCCGCGCAGGAUGGCGAGCAAGGAGAGAAGAUGACGAAGGAGGAUAUGCUCCGAGAUGCGAGGGACUGCUUAGACACAUGCGCGAUGCUGCACCAGGCGCAAGAGCAUCCGGACGAGCAGAUACUGCUGCACGUGAAGGAGCUGCUGGGAGAGCUCGAGGCUUUGGGAGUACAUGCGGCUCUGCCUGAGGAGGAAGGGGAGGGCGAACAAUUGACAGGAGAUGGAGAUGACGGGGAAUGGGUAGAUGAGGAUGACGAGGAUAAGGAUGUGGACAUGUCAUGACCUGCACGAUAUACCCUAGACAGUUAUGCAUAUUCUUUUCGUUCGUGGUCCGUUGUGGAGAGUUCUGCGCCUAAGCGUGAGAUCUCAGAAAAUGCAGCUUUGAGCGUGUCGAGGGAUACGUCGAGCCCUUCUGCACGCUUCUUCAUAGACUUGAUAGUGUCACUGGCCGCAAUCAGCUCAUGAUGGUGAUUAUAUACCAAACUCUGCCUCUCCCCAUACAGCGUGCGGAUCUCACUCAUCAGUUCGUUCUCCCUGGCCAGGAGUGCAGGUAGUGAGCUUCCCGAGAUGAGCGUAGAAUAAUAUAGGUGGGGGUCGAACGCUGGGCUGUCGAUGUCCAUUGGGUCCUGUCGUUUCUCCGACUCCCUCUCCCUCUCCUUGUCUUUCCCAUUCCCCUGUAAACCAACACUGGAUGCACUGACGUUCGCACUCGCUAAUCCAAGUCCAUAAUGUUUCCUCAGUAGGUCUCUUGCUCCGCCCCCGCCGGCGGAGACCUUCCGCGGUAAUGGAGAACGACGCGCGUUUGGCUCGGGGGACUUGACGGUGGGAGGUGCUGAGCGUGUCGAGGAGUGGGAGGCGGGCGGUGAUGACGGUGGGGACUGUGAGCCAUUGAUUGGUGCUCGUGAGAGU